AUGCAUCUCCACACAGACCUCGACGUCGACACCACCACCACCACCCCCUCCACCCUCAUCAAUAUCACUACUGCCACCUCAGCAGCCAAACCCACCACAACCACCACAACAACUCUCACCGAACUCACCCCCACAACCACCCUCUCUAGUGGUACCGCUAAACCCCUCUACUUUGCCUACGGCUCCAACCUCUCCCCCACGCAAAUGGCUACCCGUUGCACCGCCCUCCCCUCCUCGUCCAUCCCGCUCGCCAUCGCCCGCCUCCCCAAAUGGCGUUGGCUGAUCCACGAGGGCGGCUACGCCAACGUUGUGCCCCCCGCUGAGAUGUGCGUCUCGAAGCAGCAAGCCGAGUGCAUCUCGACCGGCGAGGUGGGUGUUGCUGGCGGUGCUGACGAGGAUGCCGUGUACGGUGUGUUAUAUGAUAUGGGAGAGGAGGAUGAGAGGAUUCUCGAUGGGUUUGAGGGCGUGGAUUACUCGGCUCCGGAUGCUGCUGAGGAAGGGACGGUGGAGGGCAUGGUGAGGGAGAAGGAGCAGGGUCAUGGGAGUUAUAACAAGUGGGUGGUGGAGGCGGAAGUGGUUAAGUGGAUGAAUGUGGAUGGGAAUGAGGCUAAGACGGUGCCCGUGUUGGUGUAUGUGGAUGAGAUGAGGGUGCGGAAUGGCCCGCCUAAGGCGGAGUAUAUUCCCAGGAUGAACCGGGCGAUUCGCGAGUCGGUGGCCCUUGGGUUGCCUGCUAAGUGGGCGGAGGAGGUUAUGAGACCGGCUAUUCCGUUGAAUUAG